GCGGACACAGCCGCUCCACCUUCACGAGGACUCUGUGGAAGACGGGAUCACACACCGCAGAAGAGGCGACCAACACGCGUGCGAGGACCCUUGUGUGUUUUGGAAUAACAACACAAACAGGGAGCCCCCCCCCACCCCCACCCCACGGCUGAUCCGCGGUGGGACAGGACUCGAGGGCUGGGUCUGUGGCGCGCCGCCCCGUUGUGCGCUCAGCAGCAGGGUCAAAGAAACCAGAUUCCUCCGGGUGACUUGUGUUUACACGGGAGCCGUGCAAAGACGCGUUCGGGCCAAGCGAGCUGAGCCGCGCCAAGCACGGGUCGCUCCGUCGUUUUGGGUCGCUGCCCGUGCACACGGCGGAGGACGGGGCCAGAGAAAAGUGGGAAGUUGGGAUCAAAAGAGUGACUUCGGAUGACAUGCAGCUGAUCUCCGGGCCGAGCACAUGCGCGUAGCGAGUCGCUUGGUGGCGUGCAACUUUCCCCCGUGGGGAGGGACGUGGGGACUGCUGCAGACUAACUGACACGCUCACUACGCGCGGUGUUGUCGUUUGCAGGCGAUGGUGCAUCGGGAUCGGUUCUUGAGUUGAAAAGUAAAAGUCUUUUGAGGAGCCGCGUCGCAGCCAACGAGCCUCGGCCGAGAGUCCCGCCGGAGGUCGACAUGGAGACUCCGGGCGAGCGGGAGAGCAGUCCGCCGAAGUCGGAGCGGAGGUUCGCGCUGACCUACGUCGGCUGUUCGUCGCUCGACAGCCGGACCACGCUGCCCAUGCUGCCGUGGCUGGUGGCGGAGAUCCGCCGGAGAAGCGAGAGGGGCGACUGCGGCCCCGCGGUGCAGCCGAGGGAGGUUCAGCUGGUCCUCAGCCCCCCCUUCGUCCGGUGCGUGCCUUCCUCCAGCAACAGCUCGUCGGUGUUCAUAUUCGAGCACAAAGCGCAGCUCGUCUCGCGCUUCAUCCACAACAGCAAUGACCUCACCUACUUCGCCUACCUGACGCGCGGCCAGCCCGACAACCCGGAGAGCGAGAUGUGCUGUCACGUCUUCAGGGCCUGCGACCCCAACCAGGUCUCCGAGGUGAUCAGCAGCAUUCGCCAAGUGUCCAAAUCGGCCUUAAAGGCAGACGCCAAGCCCAAACAGGAAGCGGACGAGGCCUUCUACAACUCCCAGAAGUUUGAAGUGCUUUACUGUGGCAAGGUGACAGUUCUGCACAAAAAGGCUGCGGUCACCCUCAUCGAUGACUGCAUCGACAAAUUCCGUCUGCACGAGGUGGAGCGCAAGCGCCAGCGACUGCCCGGAGGGCGGCGAGGGUCCACAGAGGGAGCCUGUGUGGAGUUCCAGAUGGGGGGGGGAGGAGAGCCCAUCUCCUCGGCUCUGAAUGAGCGCAUAGAACACACGGAAGGCCCUGGAGUGGAGGACACGACCGGAGGUGGAGGUAAAAGCGCGUCCAACGGCGGCAGUCAGAGCGGCCUGCGAGGAGCGUUCCCAGAAUGCAUCCUGGAGGACUCCGGGUUCGAGGAGCCCCAGGAGUUCCGUGCACGCUGCAGCAGCCUGGCCGGGAGCCUGCAGCGGAGGCCCGGGGAGGGUGUCAUCAUGGGCCCCCUACGCCGCAGACACUCCAGCGCUCCGAACCACGUCCAGCCGUCGGACUCGGACAAGAACCGCACCAUGCUCUUCCAGGUGGGCCGUUUUGAGGUUAAUCUGAUAAGUCCAGAAAGUAAAACCGUGGUGCUGGAGAAGAACUUCAAAGACAUCUCAUCGUGCUGUCAGGGCGUCAAGCGGUCCGACCAUUUUGGAUUCAUCGGCCGCGACCACUGCGAGGCCGGGCCCAGUCAAUACGUGUGCUACGUGUUCCAGUGUGCCAGCGAGUCGCUGGUGGACGAGGUGAUGCUGACCCUGAAGCAGGCCUUCACGACCGCGGCGGCCUUGCAGAGCAACCAGACCCAGGUCCAGAUAUGCGAAGCCUGCCCCAUGCACGACCUGCACAAGCUCUGCGAGCGGAUCGAAGGUCUCUAUCCACCCAGAGCAAAGCUGGCUAUCCAAAAAUAUCUCUCCCAGCUGGGCGACAAUGAGCAGGCUGAGAUCUUUGAGCGCGUGCAGAGGCUGAAGCCCGCCUCGGACCAGGAGGAGAACGAGCUGGUGGUUCUCCAUCUGAGGCAGCUCUGUGGGGCCAAACAGAAGUCCCACCUCCACAUCGGGGAGGUCCCGCAGAAUGCAGCAAACAGCCCGUCGGCAGGGGACGCCGCGGCCACCGGCAGUCGCUUCAAACUGGACGCCCUCAAGAACAAAGCUCGCACGUCGCUAACCAGCUCCCUUGAGAACAUCUUUGCAAGGGGUGCCAGUCGCAUGCGGGGCCGUUUGGGCAGCAUGGGCAGCGUCAGCAGCUUUGAAAAGCAGGAUGAGGAAUCGCCCGGUCACUCCCCUCCGGGCUCCCCUCCCGCUUUCCCCGACGGCGAGCCGGAAUCCGGCCAGCAGUUCCGCCGGCGUGCCCACACCUUCAGCCACCCGCCUGUGAAGAAGCGCAUCUCCUUCGAGGGCCAGCCGAGCGGGGGGGGCAGACAGCCUCCGCUGCACAGACAGCAGUCCGUCAACCCCGAGCUGCUGCAGGGCAGGCCCGCGGCCGCGUCCAGAACGCGCAGCGUCUCGGAGAGCGAGUCCACCUUCGGCCUCCCCUCCUCCUUCUCCGCCCCUACUUUCCUGAAAAGCAUUUACCAGGGCUCGCUGGGCUCCCUGAGCUCCCUGGCAGACAGUGGGAGCCUCAAGAGCAAUGGGGAAGGCAGGAAGAGGACCCUGUCCGCCUGCAGCAACGACUCGCUGAGCGGGGGCCCCCCCCCGACCCCCCGCAGGGUCUCCUGGAGACAGAAGAUCUUCCUGAGGGUCGCCUCGCCCGUGAACAAGCAGCCCGCCUCGAUGCAGCACUCAGACCACCAUGGCAGCAGGGAGCUGUUGCCCCUCUCUCCCCACGGCCCGGGCUCGGGUCUGGACCCUCUGGGCCGUCCGCUGCUCCCGGCGGGAAACCCCCUUUCUGGGGAGAGGCCUAAAAGAACGGGCGCCGACUACCGGGCCCUCUGGAAGACGGCCAUCCACCAGCAGAUCCUGCUGCUGCGCAUGGAAAAGGAGAACCAGAGACUGGAGGCGAGCAGGGACGAGCUGCACAUCCGCAAGAUGAAGCUGAACUACCAGGAAGUGGGCCAGAGCUCCGCAGAAACGCUGGCCUUGUGGGAGAGAAAGCUGACAGCCCCCGGCAGAACGACGCUCGCCCAGAACAAGGAGGAGUUGUACGCCGCCCUCUGCCAAGGUGUUCCCAAAAGCCGGCGCGGGGAGGUCUGGCUGCUCCUUUCUCAUCAGUACCGGCUGCGCCACCGGCUGCCCCAGCGCCAGCAGGCCCUGGACGUCUCCUACCAAGACCUGCUGAAGCAGCUCACCGCCCAGCAGCAUUCCAUCCUGGUGGACCUAGGCCGGACCUUCCCCACACACCAGUACUUCUCGGCCCAGCUGGGCGCAGGGCAGCUCUCCCUCUACAACCUCCUGAAAGCCUAUUCUCUGCUGGAUACAGAGGUCGGCUACUGCCAGGGCAUCAGCUUUGUGGCCGGAGUGCUGCUGCUGCACAUGAGCGAAGAACAGGCCUUCGACAUGCUGAAGUUCCUCAUGUACGACCUCGGGAUCAGGCAGCAGUUCAGGCCCGACAUGGUCUCUCUGCAGGUCCAGAUGUACCAGCUGUCCAGACUGUUGCACGACUACCACCGCGACCUCUACAACCACCUGGAAGAGCACGAGAUCGGGCCGAGCCUCUACGCCGCGCCCUGGUUCCUCACCCUCUUCGCCUCGCAGUUCCCGCUCAACUUUGUCUCCCGCGUCUUUGAUUUCGUAUUCGUCCACGGGACCGAGGUGAUCUUCAAAGUGGCCCUCUGUCUGCUGAGCAGCCGUGAGGGGGAGAUAGUGGAGUGCGACAGCUUCGAGAGCAUCGUGGGCUAUCUGAAAACCACCCUUCCUGCCCUCUCUCAGACCCAGAUGGAGCAGACCAUUGCCAAGGUAAUGGAGAUGGACAUCUCUAAGCAGCUGCACACGUACGAGGUGGAGUACCACGUCCUGCAGGACGAGAUGUUGGAAGCCGGGCCGCUGCCCGACGAAUCGGACCGGCUCGACAAACUAGAAAAGACCAAUGUGCAGCUGAAGAAACAGAACAUGGACCUGCUGGAGAAGCUUCAGGCUGCGCGGCAGAAGAUCCAGACGCUGGAGACGAGCGUGGAGAACUUCCUGUCUCGGGAGAGCAAAAUGAAGCACAUGAUUCGCUCUCUGGAGCAGGACAGGGCAGCUCACCAGAAGACCAUCGAACGCAUGCGCUCGUGCCUUCCCCCUGACGCCCUGACAGAUGUGGAGAUGACCCAGAUCAAAACGGGACCCAACGGGAAAGCCAAAAACACAGCCAAGAAGCCCUGAUUGCGAGCAGGGGGGUGGCUGGGGGGGGGGGGGGGGGGGCAGAGAAUGAAGUGAACAAACAGUAAAUGCUUGAGCGGGCUCCAGGUCCUGCUGUUGUUCCGCUGCACAGGAGCGGAGCGGAGGGGGCCUCGCGAGCUUGUGACGUGUGGACUUUGGGCUGGAAACAUCUACGUGGUGUUCAUCGGCGCGCAGCAGAACAGUGGGAGGAGGGUUUCCGUCGUGUGUAUGUGAGCGAGACAGACUGUUCCCUGCCCCGUCUCGUCCGUCUCACUGCCAGUUUGAAAGGUGAGAUCAAGAUGUGCAACAUCCUCCCCAUUCACAUCCUGUUUUUAGUGAUCGGCCUCUAUGGACUCGCCACCGGUCUCUGUUGCACCACAAAAGCAGUCCAAAGUUGCCUGUUUGCAAACAAUCCUUUGGACCUCCGGAUCAUAUAGCCAUUGUGUGUGUGCGUGGGUGCGUGGGGUGUGUGUGUGUGUGCGCACUACCUGUUGUUUUUGAACGUGUUAUGGAAAGCCUCCCUCAGAGUGUUUUAUCACGUCCCCCCCAUGAACUGAAUGCCAUUUCCCUCCAAAGAAUAACGGAGCCACCUGAGUGCGCGUCUUUUCUAUAUCAGGCUUCUUCUACAUAUACUACACAUGUGGUCUGGUGCGCUUGCCGCUCGAAAAACCGCACCGCUGCCGGUCAUGUGAAAGACCUUUUUAACAUGGGCGCUCGGGAGAAGUCUCACGGGGCAGGAAGUGAGGACGUGUGCAUUUUGGGGUUUCCUGCGUGAGUGACCGCGGCGUCGCCUUGUUUUCUGCGCUGCUGUUCAGACGCCAAGGCGAGAGAAAAAAGGAGUGAUCUAAAUAGAUCUCACACAAGCUUCUGCGUGACGUUUCUUGGUUGUUGUCGCCCCCCCCCCCCCCCCCCCCCCGGAGCUUGGCAUUGGCUGGCGACGCCCUGGCUUCCUGUGCUUCUUGAAGGUGGGACAGCGAGUUGGUGUACAGGCGGUUUGAUGUUUGCAGCGAAACUCGGGGGUUUAGGUGAGCGAAGAGACCGCAAAGGAAACGACAGGAGCUCAAGUUAAAUCUUCUUUUUUUUGUUGUUGUUUAGUGUGGCUGGGUGUUUCCCAAUGCUGCGUAAUGCGCACACACACACACACACAGAUGCAAGCAAACAAGCCGUGGACCGUCUGACUGCAUGGGGCUGACGGUUCAGAGGAGUUCAAAGCCCGUCCCUGGCUCCCUCCUCCGUUUGGUUUUCAUCCCGCCCCCGUGUCUGACUCACCGUCGCCUGUUCUGAUUGAGCACAACACAGGCCUGGGCUUCACGCCACCUUCCUGAAAUGCACCCUGAAUGCACAUAAAAAAACAGAAGAAAAAAAAACAAGGUGACGACUUAUCACUCGGAGAGCACUUUACCAGCCGCGUCUUCCUCGCCUUGCGCUGGGUGACAACAUUUUAGUGCCUGUGUAAAGCUUUACUGUCAAACUUCAGCCCCGGCAGACGCCUCCGGCACACAAUGUGAUGGCGUUUUUUGUUUUUCAGUGCGGUGCGCUAUCAUGCACCCGGAGGGCCGUGCCUAAACGUUGCGAUGCCGAGUUAAAGGAGCUCCACUUGCUCACGUGAAACGUAUGAUAUGGCGACGAAUUCUCCCUGAUGCUCCCUAUUUUGGUAAAAUGUUCUUGUAAGGACAGAGGUGACGCAGAUGAGAUUCUGUACCAAUAAAUAACAGAAAUAGUCUCCUGCUAAGCACUCAUUUUUGAAAGCUGUGGAGGGAUAAGUAAGGCCUCUGUCCUUCUGUGGUGUUAUGCUCAUCUACAGUAUUUGUGUAGAAUAUUAAUUUUACCUUUUGAAACCAAAGAAGAGAAUGAAUGAAACAUGUAGGAUUUCAUCCAAAACACAUCGGUGCAUUAUGUAUAUGUGUGUUUUAAAUAACUUUCUUCUGGUUUCUAUGACAAAUGCUUCAAAAGUUACCAAAUAUUUGCAGUAAAAACUUUUUUAAAAAGACUGUUGGCCGACCUGUUUUCUCUGCUGUAUUCUUUUGUGCCAAAGUCAAAUGAUGGCCUUCAAUCUCCAUUAAUUGGAGAUCUGACACUGUUUUGUCAUCAUCCAAUGUGGUCAGCAAAGCGUCUUUAUUGAACAGCGAGCCCAGGUUACUAAACAGUGCUUGUAUGGCUGCAUUGUAAGAAGACACUUAAUCAUAGAGGGAAUUCUUUAUCUUCUGUCAAUACAAGGGCUUCGCAUAAAACCAAAACACUGUUGUGAAUUCUUCAAUAAACUUGACCUUGCCUUGUUUUA